AUGGGUAAACAAUAUAUUUCUACUGUCAGUGCAUCGCAUGCACAUAAGCUGGAUAUAUUAGGAGUAGCAAUAACCAACAAAUAUACCAUUUCAAUUUCAAGUGAUGGUUAUGCUCAUUUUUGGGAUAAUAAACAAGAUGAAGUUCAUAAUCCAAAACAAUUUGUUAAAUCAGAUUUCAUAAAUAAAAUAGGAAUUCAUCAUAUUGCAACUUAUGAGAAUGUAUUGGCUGGUUCUACUACCAAAGUUACUCUUUUAGCAUUUGCUUGUUUUGAUGGUUCUAUUAUAUUCAAAUAUUAUGUCAAUGAUGAUUUUGAUACUUUGAAACAAUUAUCAAUUGAUGGGUUUAAUGGUGGGUUCUGGGUACCUAAAUUCUAUCGUAACCCUGAAUCAAAACAAGAUUAUUUCAUAGCGACUCAAACUAAAGGUACUACCUCUGUCAAUUUACUUAACAUAAAGGAAGAAAAUGAAACUAUUGAAAUUACAAUUGUAAAAUCAGGAGAAUUGCCAGGAUCAAAUUCAUCAUUUCCAAAUUCUUUAGGUGUUUCUUCAACCAUUGAUAAAAAAGCUGCAGUUGGAUAUGUGAACGGUGAUGUACUUUUAUAUGAUUUCGAAAAUUUGAAAUUAAUAUAUACUUUCCAUUCAACUGAUUUAGUAUUAAGUCAUAAAUCUAAAUCCUCAUCCAUUCCAAGAGUAAUUGAAUUCUCACCGGGUGGAACUCUUUUAGCAGUGGCUAGAGAUAACCAAGCUGCUGGAUCUAUCACUUUAUAUGACGUCAAAUUUGGUGAAAAUGUCGGUACAUUGGCUACCCCAUCACAUUCGGCAAAGACUACAGUUGGAGGAUUUGCUCAUCAAGGUUGGAUAAUGGGAUUGAGUUUUGAUGAAGAAGGGAAAAAUUUGGCAAGUUGUGGAUUUGAUAAAUGUAUUCGUGUUUGGAAUUUAGAGACUGGUGAAAGAGAAGCUACUAUAAAUAUCUCAAUUACUGAUUUGGAUAAUACUGAUCAUGAUGAUCAUGAUGAAAGUGUAGCCAGUGGGGUCAGUUUUAUUAAAAAGGGAGUGAGAGGUGGUGCUGGUGGUGAUAGUAAUGAAGGUUUAUGUGUUGUCAGUUUCGAUAGAGGUAUUAGAUGGUAUCGUGAAGCCGGUGGUAUUUAG